AUGUCGCCUUACGAAGGCCUUUUUGUGCCCAAACUCAAAAGCUCUAUCGGCCACCGGGAGAUCCUGCUGCGACAGUGUUCGGUAACCAACAAUGGCUUCCUACCUGAAGACGAGCCCCUACCACGACUCCGAGUCCCGAGAGACUACUAUUAUUUCUGGGAAGCCCUGGUGGAUCGGAUUCCGAAUCUUAUUCAGCAGAAGGCCUUUCGCGACUGGGUUGAUCGGUUGUUGCCGGUUCGGUCAACAAGGUAUUUGAAAACGGAGCCGGAAUGGAGGCGGGCCUAUGUCGUCUUGAGUUUCCUCGCUCACGCCUACAUAUGGGGCGAUGAUACACCUGCCGAGGUUCUACCACCCCAAAUAACCGUCCCCUUCCUGGAAGUAUCCCGCCAUCUCGGCCUCCCGCCCGUAGCCACCUAUGCCUCGCUCAAUCUAUGGAACUUCCGGACCACCAAUGGUUCCAAAGACUUCACCGACCUCGACUCAAUCCACGCAGUCAACACAUUCACCGGCACGGAGGACGAAUCAUGGUUCUACAUGGUCUCAGUCGCGAUAGAGGCCGAGGGAGCACGCAUCAUCCCCGUCAUGCUCGAGGCCCUUGACGGGAUCGAACAGCAAGAGUACCUCAGCAUCACAAACGCCCUUUCUCAGCUCGCCGACUGCAUUCACAAAUUGACCGGCUUGCUUGACCGCAUGAAAGAGAGGUGCGAUCCGUCGGUGUUUUACCACCGAAUUCGCCCUUUCCUAGCCGGCAGCAAGAAUAUGGCCGCUGCCGGCCUUCCCAGGGGGGUAUUCUACGACGAGGGUAAUGGGAAAGGACAAUGGCGUGAACUGCGGGGAGGAAGCAACGGACAGAGCACCCUGAUCCAGUUUCUGGAUCUUGUCUUGGGCGUUGAGCACAAGGCGGACGGCAAUAGUAACCCGGACCAGCCAGCAACUACGGCCGAGAGACAAGAGAAGAAGGAGAUGGGUUACCUCGAGGAAGUGAGGGCGUACAUGCCGGAACCGCACCGCAAGUUCCUGCAGCGUGUAUCCGAAUCCUAUCCGGGCGGGAUGAGACGGGGGGUUGCAAAGCUUGUGCCCGGCGAAAGGCCGCUCACCGAAGAGCAGCUGGACCUGCGGGAGGCUUUUCAGAAGGCUACCAAGGCCCUCGCGGACCUCAGGAGCAAACACCUGCAGAUUGUGGCCAAGUACAUCCUCAUCCCGUCGGGUCGGAGUAGACCGGAUAUGGAUGGCAAGAUCAAUCUGGCGACUGUUUCGUCGAAGACAAAUACUUCCAUGGUUGUUGAGGGUGAACCCCCGAGGAAGUUGACGGGCACGGGAGGGACGGCCCUGAUGCCUUUUCUGAGGCAAUCUCGGGAUGAGACGAUUCGAGCCGGCCGGCUUGAGUAG